AUGCCUGCUGCAUCGGUGAAUGCGAUGCGUGCACGUGGCCACCACAAAAAAGGGCUAGCUUUUCAUCAGUUUGGAUCGCUGCCUGGAAUGCAGAUGGUAUCAAAUCCGGACAAGAUCGCGGAGCACGGGAGCACGACGUGUCGACGGUCGCGAACGCAUAACGAGGUGGUGUUUGCUGUUUGGGCUCUUUGUUGGGCUCGCAACGCCUAG